AUGAGGACACCUGCAUCCGCCAAAUCAGACUUUUCUCAGAAACCUGAUCCUACAGCUUCCAACAUGGGGAACAUUUUUGGACGUGAGCGUGAGACAGAGACAAGCCCGCCACCUCGUGAGCUACCUCCCAUAUUGGCGGCAACAAGACAGCCAUUAUACUAUGGAAGAGCUCUUCCUUAUGAGGACACGUUCCAAAAUCGGGGGGAAUCGACAGAGGCAAUAAAGGAUGAUGGCUGUACCGAAUAUUGGGCUCGUGAGCUUGCAGGCGCCUGGGCCAAGUUCGGAGACGGAGCGGCAAUCGUGGAUGUCUCACUCCCUUCAGACUUUUCCGCCAUCCAAAUACGCAAUCUUCCGAUCAGUGCCUCGGCAAACUCAGUUAGAGCCUUACUUUCUGAAGUUGGUAUCCCCGUAUUAAUGAGCGAUAUACAAUAUAUAAAACCCAAAGAUAUGCCAAAUGGCUUUGCAAUCGUCAAAGUCAAAGACCCGACAUUUGCAAAGACCGCAUGUUCGCGACUGCAGACCUGCAUUGAACUCCCAGACUUAGUAGUCAACUCGAUACGUGUUCCAAUCGCUCCAGGAUUCCAAUUUGGCCAGGUUGAUAGCAGACAAGUUCGUUGUUCAUGGCAUCGACCCACCAGAACAUCCUGUCUAUACCUUCCAAACAAGAAAGUUGCAAGCAGAUCAUUCUACAAGUUCAAAAGCGGAGAGUACAAAAUCAACGGCAUGAAAGUCACGGUGCAGUCGCUUGUUGCAGAGUAUCCGGUUCAACAGAACGGGAGAUGGAAGUUCGAUUUAGUUGGACUGAGUGCUAGCAUCACGGAGGACGACAUCGCUGCCGUCUUUCCUUCCUGUGAAAGGCCUUGUCUGAUUGCUAUCGGUGAUCUGAGUUACGAGAUGGACAUAGAAAUGGAUUCGACCUUGGUCAAGUCAUUGCUAUACGAGAAGGGCGAAUUGGAAAAAUGGAACGUUUCUGACGGUUCUACCACCAAACGGGUCAAAGCGCAAGCAACCUUUGUUGAAGAAGGCCAUGCGCAAGCCGCCGCCUCUUCCCUGCAUGGAACAGAGUUACCAUUCAACCGCACCGGGAAGCUUUUCGUCCAACUCAUUACUUCCGUCAAAUUCAAGGUAUCAGCCCGCGUUUACGAUGCCGUGGAGAAGACAAUUGAUGCACACAAAUCCAAUUGGAAUCGGCAGUUCAUACGUUAUUCCGCACUACCUGUGCGCGGAUCUAACCGAAUCCUGAAGAUCGAGGGUGAUGAUCGUCAGCUAGUCGCCCAGGCCAAAAGAGAUUUGGAAAAAGUCAUUACUGGCACUGUAAUGACGAUGGACGGAAAGAAUAUUUGGUACUCUAACCUCAAGAUCAACAAGAAUGCUUAUAGGAAGCUUCAGAAAAUCGAGCGAGACCUUGAGGUCGUUAUCAUUCGCGAUAUAAGAGCCUCAAACUUCCGGGCUUUUGGCCCUGAGGAUCGGUUUGCACAAGCUGCUGAAGCCCUGCAGCAACUCAUCGACGAGUUAAAAGCAGGCGACCAUGCCAUCAAGAAAGCAGUUUCUCCAGUCAAAACACAACGACUUGAGACAGAUUGCCCGGUCUGCUUUGACGAAGCCGAAGAAUCACUAGAAAUAUCCUGUGGCCAUAUCUACUGUAGUCUUUGUUUUUUCAACAUGUGUCAAGCAGAAGCCUCAACGUCGGGUGAUUUCUCAAUCAGUUGUGUGGGGAACUCUGGAAAAUGCAGAAAGAUCCUUCAAAUCUCAGAGAUCCAGACACUCCUUCUCUCUGAAACAUUCGAGAACAUCCUUGAGGCCUCUUUUGCUUCAUUCAUACGACGUCACCCAGCUGAAUUUCGAGCAGCGAUUGCUACGAGCACAUGGGACGGCUUCAUGGAGGCAUAG